AUGCCAGUUGACCGAUCGAAAUAUCAUCAAGAAAAUGAUGAAGAGGAAGAGAAGAAACAAUUACUAAUGGGAGCUUUGCGUUCGACGACGACCAUGAAACAAGCUGAACAUUUACCAAGUCUCUAUUAUCAACCAACACCAAAGGUCAAUCAUUCUCUAAACGACAACGGACAUGAAAACGAUGAGGAUGAACAUUCACUCAUUCAUGAAGAGAGCUCAUCUUCAGAUGAUGAUGAAUCAGUAGAUCAACCAUUCUCUUUUUGGAGAUUUUUGAAAAAGGCAUUCGUUUGGUUCACAUCGAGUCAGUUACUGGCCCAUCUACUGUUAUUGACGACACUCUUCACAUUUGGAGGUUAUGUUGUACUGAUACCUCAUUCCAUCAUGUUGAUGCAUCCAACGAUCUUUGCCUUAUUUCGAUCGUUGCUGAUCGUGAUUGGACUGUUUCCUGCUGCAAUCUUUACAAAAUUUUCAUUUCGGAAACAAAAGAAGCUCGAUCGACAAGUGAAGUUUGUGGAGAGAAUAUUAUUUUGUAAAAACACAAGCAGCAAACAUCAAUCUAUUAAUCAUGAAACCUUGGAACUCAAAAAGGAAAGCAAUUGUUCCAUGCGAAAUAUUGUGAAAUUAGUUGUGGGUUUUAUUCUUGCAAAAAUUCCAACUUGGAAACAAUUCAAAAAGAUUUUCUGGUUGGGAUUUUUCAUUAACAUGAAUCAAAUUUUGUUUUUCUUGGGAUUGCGAUGGACCAAUGCUACCAUUGCUGGUAUCAUGCAGCCAAUGGUGGCCAUUAUUACAUGUAUCAUGUCAAUUCUUUUGAAAAGGGAGGGCAGAUCUCCAUUGAAAAUUGUUGGAGUCAUUGUUGCUGUGUUAGGGGCUGUUUCAAUGUUGGUUGUAUCAACACUACUCAGUGAUAAUAAGAAAGCAUCACCUCCUCAAGAUGAUGAUGACAAGACAGCAACCAGCAGCGGAUUCAGUAACUUUAUUGCAACAUUUUCAUUCACUAUUGGAAUGCUAUUUUUAUGUGUGAAUAUGUUCUUCUAUGCUUUGUAUUUAAUUAAUUUCAAAAAAGUAUUGCAACAAGAGAAAUUUCCAGUGUUGACCUUAGCAUUUUGGACAUGGUUGAUUGGAAGUGUUGUACCAUUGUUGCCAGCACUAUAUUUUACACUGUCUGGUUGGGGUUAUUCACCCUUGCAAAUCAUUUUGAAAAUGGACAAGAUGGCAUAUGUUGGCUUGUUUUAUGGAGGACUUGUGCAUGGCGCCUUAUUUUUCGUGUUGAAUUCAAAGGCAUCAAGUUUGACGACUCCAACCGUGAUUGGAGUCUAUUCUACUCUGAAUCCUAUUGUGACAAGUGUCAUGGCCUUUUUGUUUUUACAUGAGAGAGUCUCGCCGUUUGUAAUCCCUGGCGCUGCCUUUAUAUUGUUUGGAGUAACAAUGGUUAUUAUUGCCAAGUGGAGAGAAGGAAGAGCUCUCCAACAAAAAUCCAAGGAACCUCCUCGUUCAUGUUAUGAUUGUGUGGCCAGCUAUUGCGGUGUGAGUCGGGGAAGCACAACAAGUCGUCGAAAGAACGAUGUGUUGAUGGCCUUGCAGGCUUAG